GGAAGUUCCGGCGGGGGCGGUCGAGGGGAAGAGUGUGUGUGAGGGAGAAAGAGGAGAAUCGCCCAAGAGGUUUGAAACCCACAAGGAGUGGAGGCCCCAGCCGUGGAGCCCUGUAGUGUAUGUGUGGUAACACCAUGUCUGUGCCCCUGCUCACUGAUGCUGCCACCGUGUCUGGAGCUGAGCGGGAAACGGCCGCGGUUAUUUUUUUACAUGGACUUGGAGACACAGGGCACAGCUGGGCUGACGCCCUCUCCACCAUCCGGCUCCCUCACGUCAAGUACAUCUGUCCCCAUGCGCCUCGGAUCCCUGUGACACUCAACAUGAAGAUGGUGAUGCCCUCCUGGUUUGACUUGAUGGGGCUGAGUCCAGAUGCCCCAGAGGAUGAGGCUGGCAUCAAGAAGGCAGCAGAGAACAUCAAGGCCUUGAUUGAGCAUGAAAUGAAGAAUGGGAUCCCUGCUAAUCGGAUUGUCCUGGGAGGCUUUUCACAGGGUGGGGCCCUGUCCCUCUACACUGCCCUCACCUGUCCCCACCCUCUGGCUGGCAUUGUGGCAUUGAGCUGUUGGCUGCCUCUGCACCGGGCCUUCCCGCAGGCAGCCAAUGGCAGUGCCAAGGAUCUCGCCAUCCUUCAGUGCCAUGGGGAGCUGGACCCCAUGGUGCCUGUACGGUUUGGGGCCCUGACGGCCGAAAAGCUCCGGUCUGUUGUCACACCUGCCAGGGUCCAGUUCAAGACUUACCCAGGUGUCAUGCACAGCUCCUGCCCUCAGGAGAUGGCAGCCGUGAAGGAGUUUCUUGAGAAGCUGCUGCCUCCUGUCUAACCAGAGUCAAUGGCCCCCAGCUUGUGAGGGACCCAGCACAUGUGGCACCAUCUUGGAUCUGAGCCGGUCGAGCCCCUGUCCCCACCUUCUUCAACCAGUUCUCUCCCACAGGCCUCGGGUUAGACAGGCCAGCUUGCCCUCCUGGCCUCGGCCACCUGGCACUGUCUGCAGCAGGGGUGGGCUGCUCUCUUACCCCCUUUCCCUGGAGGUGGGUCCCUCAGCAGCAGUAUUGGAGGGGCUGUAGGCAGCGGGAGGAAGGGGCCCAGCCGCUGACCCACUCACUCAGGACCUCACUAGCCCCGCUUUUGGCCCCCCUCCUGUGACCUCAGGGUUUGGCCCAUGGGGCCCUCCUAGGCCCCACCUACUGACCCCCCCCCCCAGGGAUUCUGCCCAGAUAAUCUUGUCUCCUGCCUCCUCUCCAGCUGCUUCUCGAUCAUGAAUGUGUCCAGGCCCCCACCCCCUCACUGCUCUGGGCCACCUGCCCUUGGGCAGGAGUGUUGGUGAGGGGGUAGAGUCCUCCCAGGGGCCUUCCCUCAGCUGUUCCCUCCCCGUUGGGGGGCUGGGCCACCUCCCCUUACUGUUCCUUCCCCUCAGGCCUGGAGCCUGCAGGGCUGGACCGAGAGGCAAAGUCUCCCCCAGAUGUCUCACCCACACUUUGUCCCCACUCUUGGGCCAGGGAGGCGGUGGGGGAGGAGUUGUGUCUCGUCUUCUGUCUCCAUGUGGUUUUUGGGUGUUUUUCUUGUUGUGUCUUGGAUUCCGAUAAAAUUAAAGAAAUCGCUUCCUCAA